AUGGACGUCAAAAAAGAAGAGCUCGAGGAACAACAACAACAACAACCCUCCAUUCAACAAGACCAAGAUUACGACGACUAUGAAGAAGACUAUGACGACUAUGACGAUUACCUAGACGACGAACUCAAUGACGCUGACUGGGACAAUGCAACAGGAGAUUUCACAAAGCAAUACAAUCGUCUUCGUCAGCAAGUGAAUGCAGUCCAUGCUCCAACAAUGUCAAAGCCCAUUGUGCCAGCUGUCAACCACAAACGACCCGAGCUUAAAAACAACAGCACAGCAGCAGCAGCAUCGUCGACAACCACCACCACCACACAACUCGAGGAUAAAAAACAAGCGCUUGAUACACAGAUUGAAAGUCUUGGUCAUUUCGCCAAUCGUAUCCAUGUUGCCGACUAUGUUCCUGGAUCCAAUAUGAUGUCAGGAAGUAGGAAAGCCAAUGGUGAAAGAUCGAUUCAAAAGGACAAGUCCGAUCGAGCUACAGUGGAGCAAGUAUUGGAUCCAAGAACACGUAUCAUUCUAUUCAAGAUGUUGAAUCGAGGCAUCUUUUAUGAGAUCAAUGGUUGUGUCAGCACUGGCAAGGAAGCCAAUGUGUAUCAUGCUACCACAGAGGAUGGGACCCAUCGAGCCAUCAAGGUGUACAAGACCUCUGUAUUGACAUUCAAGGAUCGUGAUCGUUAUGUCACUGGUGAAUACCGUUUUCGACAUGGUUACAGCAAAUCCAAUCCACGCAAAAUGGUCAAGGUGUGGGCUGAGAAGGAAAUGCGCAACUUGAGACGUCUCAAGCAGGCUGGUAUCCCUGCUCCUGAAGCCUUGGUAUUGCGUAUGCACGUGCUUGUCAUGGAGUUCCUCGGUGAUAAAAAUGGAUGGGCUUAUCCUCGGCUCAAAGACGCACAAUUGGACGCAUCCAAAUACCCUGUAUUAUACUAUCAAUUGAUCAAGAAUGUUCGUACCAUGUAUCAAGUAUGCAAGCUGGUUCAUGCCGAUUUGAGCGAGUAUAAUAUCUUGUAUCACUCUCGAAAGCUGUACAUUAUUGACGUUUCUCAAUCCGUUGAACACGAUCAUCCUCACGCCUCCGAAUUUUUACGUAAAGACUUGGCCAAUGUGACCGAUUAUUUCUCCAAGAAAGGUGUUCGUGUCAUGAGUCUUAUGGAGCUAUUCAAUUUUGUUACGGACCCCUCUUUUGGUGAUGACAAUGAAACAGUCGAUCGUGAAUUGGAAAAGAUUCAAGAGAGGCUUAAUGCAGAACCUGAAAAAGAACGCAACACAACAGAAGAAGAGAUUUUCAUGAGAUCGUAUAUACCUCAGACACUCGAAGAGGUCAUUGAUGUGGAACGAGAUACUUUGCGUGUAGCUGAUGGUGAUGGAAAAGAUCUUGUUUAUGCAAACCUAUUGGGCGCAUCUAAUUUUGAAAACACGGCAAAGACGGUGAACAAGGAAAUUGCAGCAUUACGGAUAGACGAUACAAGCAGUGAGGAUGAGGAUGAGGAUCAAGAGAAUGAUAGCGACGCUCAAGACAACUCGGAUGACGAGGAGGAGGAUGAAGAUGAAGAUGAUGAUGAUCAAAAGCCACGAGGCAAAAAGUUUGAAGACAAGGAAGCCAAAAAGCUCCGUAAGCAAAAGGUCAAGGAAGAGGCAAGGGAACGCCGGAAACACAAGUUGCCCAAGGCUGAGAAGAAGCGUAAGAUUCAAAAUUCUAAAAAGAGAUCAAAGAAAUAA